AGCUUUCUGCACGCAACGCCUCAACACACAAACACAUCAAGCGACUCCGCAUUUACCGCUCGCAACGUGGGAGAACACACAGCGGGGCGGUUGUCUUCCGAAUUCCUUCUCGUGCUUCCACAACCGUAAACACUCGAUUGUCUUCGUGAGGCGAUAGCAGCUGAUCUCAGAGCUCGUUCGGUUUAUUUCGACCUCUUGCAAUUUUUUCCUGCAAUGACUCUCGUUGACUGUGCGGAGGGGCUGCUGGUGCGCCUUACGCUUCUUUCGUGGUGCGUCGCACUCGUUGUGCUAGUGAUCCGCGUUGUCUCACCGGAUUUCAACAAGUUGUCGGCUUACGGUGGACAUGGCGUAGUCCUGCCGCGCGGCGCAGGCGCCGGUGGCGAUGGCGACAAGCAGAAGAAGAGCAGCGGCGCAAAGACGUGGUGGUCGUGUGUCAUGGCGGCUUUAAAGACGUCGCCCACAGGGACGUGGAGGAUCCCCCGCAAGCACGCCUUCAUGUUCUUUUACGCAACAGGUGUUGCGACGUGCACACUACUGCUUCUUGCUCACCUCUCCGCUCUCAGACGCGUUGCGGCUCACACGCCCUUCUACCCAGCCUGCCUGACGGCGGUGCCGUUGCUGCUCUUUACGCUCCACUGUGGCAUACGUCUCGUAGAGACCUGCUGCGUACAGCGCUUUCGCCCAGGCGACACGGUCACUCUCUUCGCUGUUUUCGCAGGGAGCGCGUUUUACGUGCUGGCUGCUGUUUCGAGUGCUGUCCCUCCCGCGGCAAUCAUGCCGAAGCUUCCGUCGCGAUGGAUGCUGCAUUCUGCCAGCAUACCGUGGAUCGUUUUGGCGGGGGCUGCGGCGCAUGUGACGGUGCAGGCGGUGCAGGUGAUGGUGCACACGACUCUUGCAGGGCUACGCCGGUACAGCAAGGCACCGACAGCCAAACAGCAAACGGAGGCACAAGACUUCGAGGAGUCCGUCUGGCGGUAUGUGAGAGCCGGCCUCUUAAACCGCGCGAAGUCGGAAGGAAAGUCGGACAGCCGUGACGUCGACGAGCAGUACGCGCUACGUGGUUCGUGGCGUACGUACCACUUUCCUUAUCGGCACAGCCCGGCCUUUCGACUCGUUCUCGAUCCUCAUUACACCUGUGAAGUCUUCCUGUACGCUGUGAACGUGGCGCUGAUGGUCCUCUGCGCCGCGCCGCAUCCCUCGCACUCGGUAGACGUUGUCGCAACGCAACACACACUCUGGCGUUACGGCUGUGCUCCCCUGGCUUGGCUUUUUGUCGCCGCGAGUGUAGGUGUGACGCUGUUCACGCUCCUGAACCUUGGCAUCACCUCCGCCGAGCACCGUCGCUUUUGGAAUGCGAGCAACGCCACCCGUCGAGAGGUGGCCAAAGUGCUCGAGAGUCUUCUGUGUGCUUCUUCAGUGGUGGAGAAGUCGAAGCGGCUGCCUGCGGAGCUUGUCGACGAGGUCUCACGGAUGCUGCGAGAGGACCUCUCUGAGGAGCAGCUACCACGCUGGAAUGUUAUUCCUUUUGUCCAAUAG